AUGGUACUUUUUUCUUUACUCGGAGUAAUUGCUUUACUCCUGAGAGAGAGGGAAAAAGUCACCAACAACCCUUCAGAUGAAGAGGAAAAUACAGACCAGAGUGAUGUACCACCUCUGAGGAGUUGUGAUGACGGAGAAGCCGAUGAUGACUGGAGUGAAGACCUGUCACAAGAGGAACCUAUGAGUGGUCUCCUUGAAGUCGAUAAUGACCAGAGCGAAGACCUAACACUGGAAGGACCAAUCACCGGUCAAACUCAAGUCGAUGAUGAUGACUGGAGUGAUGACUUUCAAGAUUUACUUGGUGAUUUGUCUGAAUGGAGUGCCGAUGUCCUCCGUGCUCUCAACAGUGUUACUAGUGAUGACAUCUUCCAGGAUACAGUGUCUGCCAUGUCCAGCUGUAGCAAUUACUUCUCCCAAGCUUCAGUCUCUCUCAUGUCCGACAGUACCGAUGACUUCCUUUCAACUUGCUGUGACAUGUCUGACUGUAGUGUUGAUGCUCCUGAAGCUAGAGUCUCUCAGACAGAGUACACUGUGCCACCUCAGUCAAGCCAGCCGCAGGAUGAGUCAAGAUUUAUUGACAUAAAUUCAUGCUGUUAUGAAAUCGGCAGUCAGCUGGGUGAAGGAGGCUUUGGUACCGUUUAUGCAGCGACUCGUUUGGAUGAUGGCCUACAGGUGGUGAUAAAGUUUGUCUCCAACUGGAACAACAGGUUCAUCGUCAUUGGCGGCUGUUCCGAGCCUCUUCCUCUGGAGGUCGCUCUGUUGAUUCUGGCAAGCGAAGGCCCUACGGUGAAGGAAAUCAUCCAGCUUCUGGACUGGCAGGUGGAGGCUGACCACUACAUGUUGGUGAUGGAGCGGCCCAUGCCCUGUGAGGAACUGAACUGGUUUCUCCUCCGGCAAGUGGUGACCCUUAAAGAAGACGUGGCACGGGUCAUCAUGCAGCAGGUAACAUUCGCAGCCCAGACCUGCUGCACGGGAGUGUUGCACAGGGAUAUUAAGAUGGAAAACAUCCUCAUCAACCCGGACACACUCAGAGUCAAAUUGAUUGACUUUGGGUGCGGUGAUUUUCUCACCGAUGCGGCGUACACAUCCUUUGCUGGUAUAGAGUACUGCCCUCCUGAAUACCUGAUGAGCGGCCAGUACCACGGAGAACCAGCCACAGUGUGGUCUUUGGGGAUCGUCUUGUUUGCCUUGCUGUGGGGAUUUCCAAAGAGACAUGACCUGGAAAAGAUCCGCAGUAACACCUGGACCAAAGAUGGCUUAUCAAAAGAAUGCUGCGAUAUUAUUUGUGGCUGUCUGCAGCUUGACCCGAAGCAGCGGAUUGAGCUGAAGAACCUCAGUCUCCACGACUGGUUCAGUGUGACAGGAAACCAGUGCUGCUUCCAGCCCCCAGAAAAUCACAGAAAUGGAGAAGCCGAUGAUGACUGGAGUGAAGACCUGUCACAAGAGGAACCUAUGAGUGGUCUCCUUGAAGUCGAUAAUGACCAGAGCGAAGACCUAACACUGGAAGGACCAAUCACCGGUCAAACUCAAGUCGAUGAUGAUGACUGGAGUGAUGACUUUCAAGAUUUACUUGGUGAUUUGUCUGAAUGGAGUGCCGAUGUCCUCCGUGCUCUCAACAGUGUUACUAGUGAUGACAUCUUCCAGGAUACAGUGUCUGCCAUGUCCAGCUGUAGCAAUUACUUCUCCCAAGCUUCAGUCUCUCUCAUGUCCGACAGUACCGAUGACUUCCUUUCAACUUGCUGUGACAUGUCUGACUGUAGUGUUGAUGCUCCUGAAGCUAGAGUCUCUCAGACAGAGUACACUGUGCCACCUCAGUCAAGCCAGCCGCAGGAUGAGUCAAGAUUUAUUGACAUAAAUUCAUGCUGUUAUGAAAUCGGCAGUCAGCUGGGUGAAGGAGGCUUUGGUACCGUUUAUGCAGCGACUCGUUUGAAUGAUGGCCUACAGGUGGUGAUAAAGUUUGUCUCCAACUGGAACAACAGGUUCAUCGUCAUUGACGGCUGUUCCGAGCCUCUUCCUCUGGAGGUCGCUCUGUUGAUUCUGGCAAGCGAAGGCCCUACGGUGAAGGAAAUCAUCCAGCUUCUGGACUGGCAGGUGGAGGCUGACCACUACAUGUUGGUGAUGGAGCGGCCCAUGCCCUGUGAGGAACUGAACUGGUUUCUCCUCCGGCAAGUGGUGACCCUUAAAGAAGACGUGGCACGGGUCAUCAUGCAGCAGGUAACAUUCGCAGCCCAGACCUGCUGCAGACGGGGAGUGUUGCACAGGGAUAUUAAGAUGGAAAACAUCCUCAUCAACCCGGACACACUCAGAGUCAAAUUGAUUGACUUUGGGUGCGGUGAUUUUCUCACCGAUGCGGCGUACACAUCCUUUGCUGGCACAAGAGAGUACUGCCCUCCUGAAUACCUGAUGAGCGGCCAGUACCACGGAGAACCAGCCACAGUGUGGUCUUUGGGGAUCGUCUUGUUUGCCUUGCUGUGUGGGGAUUUCCCAAAGAGACAUGACCUGGAAAAGAUCCGCAGUAACACCUGGACCAAAGAUGGCUUAUCAAAGCUUGACCCGAAGCAGCGGAUUGAGCUGAAGAACCUCAGUCUCCACGACUGGUUCAGUGUGACAGGAAACCAGUGCUGCUUCCAGCCCCCAGAAAAUCACAGAAGUGGAGAAAUGUACCCUGAUGGAAAUAUUCAGGGCUGUUCCGGUCCUCAGCCCAGAGCUGUUUAA